ACACAGGUAAUAACUCUCCGGGUAAUCCAUAUUAAGGAGAGACAAAAUGGAGUUAGGAAGGAAGCUAAAGUUAUGUGUGGCUAUUUCUGUUUUAGCGUUGAUAUUUAAAAUCAUCGCCACCGCUAGUCCAGGAUGGAUGGUGGUCCACACAAAUGUUUACUUCGAUCCAAUGGCCGAUAUGAAACCUGAAGCCGAUGGUCUUCGUGUAGACGAAACUGAGUUGAUGAAACCACAAAAAGAGAGAGUUACCAUUUCCUUUGGGUUGUGGUACUACAAAGUAUGUAAAUGUGGUGGAGGUGAGGACGACCACGACAGUAGCGAAGAAAAGGAUAGCAGCGAAGAAGUGCCAAUUGCAAAGGACGAGGCAAUGGAUACAGAAGACGGAGAAAGCAAACGACACCAUCAUCAUCACAAAAAACAUCACCACGGGCACCAUAAAUGUUACCACAGAGGUUAUCACUGUGACAAAAAGAGGCACGAUGACGAUAGCCAAGAGAAGGAUGACGACAUGAAGGAGUUAGACGAGGAUGUCUAUAUGAUACCCGGAGAAUUUAAAGCUGCCGCUGAAUUCAUCAAGGGGUCUGUUGAUGUAGCCCGACAUGCCCGACAUGAGUUAGCAUGGUACGCAGGAGCUGGUCUGGUACUUGGACUGGUCGGAUUUAUUGGUGCUGUCUUUUACGCACGAGGAGGAGGAAUGGGAAAACACCCUGGAAGACUGGCAUGUUCUACACAAAUACUUUCUGCAUUUUUCUUCUGGAUGGUCAUCAUUAGAGUAGCUGCGUACUACAUGAUGAUUAAGAAGAUGCACCAUCAUGGAGGUGACGAAGGCAUGUUAGGUCUUGGUAUGACAAAAGAUCUUAGCCUUGGAUGUCCAUGGUGCCCAUGGGUAGCCGCUGUAGGAGCAAUCGCAAUGGCUCUGGCAUCAUUGUUCCAUAUGAUGUUGAUCUCCCGUGACAGGAGUAACCAACGAUCGGAGUAUUCAUUCCACAACGAUAAGAUCCCAAUCAUAGCUCCACGUGGAUAUGACGAGCUGGUAUUUCCACCAAUGUACGACGAAGCAGGACCACUACCAGAAAAGAAAGUUAUUCCUUAAUUUUAUAUAACUUGUGAAUUCUGUAUACAGUUUCAUCUUUCAGAAUCUCCUGGCUUAGCACACAAAUUAAAAUGUAUUGUAUAACCAGUUUUCGGAAAUUAACCUUGUGUUGAUGUCUUUCUCUUUGAAUCAGAACAUUUUACUUUUUUGUCUUUUGUCUUUUGUAUUCUUUGUAUUGUAUUGUUUUGUAUUGUGUGAUUUGUGUCUAAGAUUUUAUUUUAACGUAUUAACUUACUUAUUCAAUGUUGUUUUUUAUUGCUACGGAAAUCUGUAUAUACUCGGAUAUGGAACAAAGCUGGUCUGUUUGUUAUUAUGAAGACUAACUGGAUUAGUCGGAAUAUAUGAAAGUUAUUAAACAUAUUUUGUACCUUU